GAGCUCACUUCAAGCGGAAAGUAGAGAUGCGACGAUUCGAAGGCGCAAGGGAAAGAAAGAGAAAGAGAAAUGAUAUUGGUUAUUCCAUUGCGUUGCCAUGUUAUAUCCAUAGAAGGCAUAUUUGAUAUAUUUAUAAAAUAAAUACAUUAAUUUGUGUAUGUGCAUAUAACAGUGUGUAAUAAAAAGAGUGAUACUGUAUCGCAAAAGAAACCAUAAAAAAAAGAGAUUACAUAAAUUUGCAAUUUAUAAUAUAGGUGUGUGAGAUUCUGCAGCUUAGCAGUUUAUUGCAAUUUAUAUUAUAUAUUGCAAUCUUUAUAUUGCACCAUUCUCCACAGAAAAUUUCAAGAUUAUUUUGCAUUAAAAAAUGGCGCAAGAAGUUGAAGAAACUAUGAAACGAAUUCAGUCUCAUAAAGGCGUAGUUGGAACCAUAGUGGUGAAUGCAGAAGGUAUUCCAAUAAAGUCAACAUUAGAUAACACAACAACGGUUCAAUACGCAGGUUUGAUAAGUCAACUGUCAGAUAAAGCUCGUUCUGUUGUACGUGACUUGGACCCAACAAAUGAUUUAACUUUCUUGCGUAUACGUAGCAAAAAACAUGAAAUUAUGGUCGCACCAGAUAAGGAAUUUAUAUUAAUAGUAGUACAAAAUCCAGUUGAUUGAUGUUUAAAAGAAACAAAAGUAUAUUUUAAAGUCAAGAUUUAUUUCUUUGGUUAUUAAUUUAUUCUGUAUGCUAUAAUGGAUUUUAAUAUCUAUUCAAUUAGAAAAUGAAAGAAUAAAAUUUCAAUAUUAUAUAAGUUACAACCUUAAUUUCUAAUUUAACAAAUUAUGAGCUUUAAGAACUUUCAAAUAGUAUUUUCUCCUUUGAUAAUAUUUUAUAUUAUUUUCAAUUUGAUAAAUUAUGAAUAAAUGUUAUAAUAAUUUUUUGUAAUAUAUUUAUCUUUAUAUUGUUUAACACAAUAUUGUUUAACACAUUAUAAAUGUAUGUUUCUCUUAUCAUUGUAUACUAUAAUAUCAUACAUAAUAGUAUACAUAAUAUCACGAAAUCUUUUUAUAUUUUAUGAUUCAAUUUUAAUACUAAAUUCAUGUUUUUAUUAUUGAUAAUAUACUUUGUGUAAAAGUAUUAAGGACAUUACAGUAUAAAGAAAUGGCCGAAUGAGGAAAAAAAUCAAUUAAAAAUUAAACAUUAAUAAAAUUGUUCUGAAUCAAUGAGUGAGAAAAAAUGUAUGUACAUUUUUAUUACUUUAUUUAAUAUUAUAAUAAAUACUGGAAGGUAAUAUUUCAAAAGAUCAGAAGUUGGAUUGGAAA